AGACUACCUCUCUCGCAGCUCGUCGCCAGUAGAUUAUCGUUUAACACGACUGCUUCUCGUAAAGUCAAAAGACGGCGAGUUGCGAGACGGCAAGACAAGGGGAUAGGCAUCCUGAACGGUUUCGUUAUUCUCGACUCUCGACGAUCAAGCCGCACUGUCGCGUGUCCCAUAUCAAUCGCAUUCCACCCACCCCACGGAUCCAUAUCCUCGUUGGAUCACCAGCUACACUCGAGCGACUGACUACUCGCUACUCGAGGAUCAACUUCGGCGGACGGCGGGACGCGAUUGACACAAAGUCAACAAGCUACAAGCUACAAGACGUCAUUUGACCCUUGACCUUGUGCAAGGAAUAAGGAUCAAACGGUUUCCAUCCCCCAGUGAUCAAGAUCCCCUGUACACCUGCAUCCCAACAAGAUAGUCGACGUCCACCUGAAAUGGACAAUUUUGGAUCGAGUAUGACCGUCGAUAGUCAAGACGGCGGCCAACAGUCCGGCUUGCGGCUGCCUGCUGCCCACAGGGUCGCUUUCAGUCCUCAGGCAGAGCAACAGAUCAUUCGAGCCAUGGACAAGAACAAGUUCAACACCAUCUUGAUCAAAGCGCAACAGUUGAAAAAGGCUGGAUGGACGGAAGAGACGAGUACAGACCUGCAAAGUCUCAUGGACGUCCUGAGGCUGGUCUCAGCUCACGGUCCCGGAGGUGCACAACGGCCACCAAGUAACGGUCAACACGCCGUGUCCUCGGCUCCCUCUGCUGGUCCUGCUGCCGGCCCAAGUCAUAUGAACAUGACCCCGGCUCAACUAUCGCAACUCCGUACGCAAGUUCACGCCUUCAAAAACCUGGGACGCAACGUACCCCUGCCCGAGCACGUACAGCAAGCGGUCAUGGGUGAAAGUCCGCUGGCUGGCCCAGCGGACCCGCAUGCUCAAGCGAUCGACAAGACGGUCGAGGCAAUGAUGGAGAUGGACAAGGCUAGGACGUUAGCGAGCGCAGCUUCUUCGUCGGUUCAAUCCAGGGAACGUCCCUAUGCGGGAGAGUACGACGAGGACUCCGUCAUCUAUCCGUACAAUACUCUUUCGAGCGACCCCGUGCUCUACUUGGAUCGUCCGACCUCGGACGUGCCAUUCUCCAUGUCCAAGUUUCAACGUCUCUUGGUACCAGCUCUCAUGCCGAGGGGAAUUGAUCCCUACCUGAUCCAGGAAGAACACGAACGUUAUCUGCAAGGUCGCAUGAAUUGGCGGCAGAGAGAGCUGGAACAAACACUCGUACCAGGUGGAUCGCUGAACGGUGCCAAGCCUGUACCCAACCUGACAGCUCAAGCCAAUGGAAGACCCCUAGGUGGCGAACAGAAGUCCCCGGCUUCAAUCAGGCUCGCCAUCGAAUUGCGCGGUUUGCGGCUGAGGGACAAGCAGAAGCUAUUGCGGGAAGACAUGUUGCGGGACAUCAAUGCGGCGACUCGUUUGCCCAGCGAAAGGACAGACUUUAGGAGGAUGCGGACGUUCACGCUUCGAAGCGCCAAAGAGACGGAAGAUGCAGAAAAGCGACAGCGUCUCGAGCGUGAAAGGUUGAGCAAGGACAAACAUCUGCAAUAUGUGCGUGGGAUAUGCGAUCACGGCAUUUCACUCGUCGAGACCGCACGCCGAAGCAGCGAGAAGAGCAAACGCCUCGGUCUGGCCGUGCUGAGGAUGCACAAGGAUAUUGAGAAGGAAGAGCAGAGGCGAUUGGAAAAGCUUGCCAAAGAACGUCUCAAGGCAUUGAAGAACGACGAUGAAGAUAGCUACCGAGCUUUGAUCGACCAAGCCAAGGACACUCGUAUCACCCAUUUGCUUAAACGGACUGACGCUUAUCUCGAUUCGCUCGCGAAUCAAGUAAAGCUACAGCAGGAGGAUGUCAAGCACGGUGGUCAGCCAGGCAACAGGAAUGCUAACUUGCCGAUCGACGGUGGAGCUGAAGCCACCAAGGGAGACUAUCUUGCGAUGACCCAUCUGAUCAAAGAAUCGGUCACGAAACAGGCCGAUCUGCUGGUCGGCGGUACGCUCAAGGGCUAUCAGAUUCAAGGUCUUGAGUGGAUGGUCAGCUUGUACAACAACAAGCUGAACGGGAUUCUCGCAGACGAGAUGGGUCUCGGAAAGACCAUUCAAACGAUCUCUUUGAUUACCUAUCUUAUCGAGAAAAAGCAGGAAAAUGGCCCAUAUCUGGUCCUGGUACCACUUUCGACGCUGACAAACUGGACCUCGGAAUUUAAGCUAUGGGCUCCAGGCGUGAAGGUUCUUAUUCUCAAGGGAGACAAGAACAGUCGAAAGGCUCUUGCAGAUCAGGUCAAGCGCGUGGAUUUCCAGGUCCUUCUCACGACCUACGAAUACGUCAUCAAGGAAGCCAACGCGCUUGGUAGAAUCCGAUGGCAUCAUAUGAUCAUCGACGAGGGCCAUCGUAUGAAGAAUGCUCAAAGCAAACUGGCGAAGACGUUGAACGAGAAAUAUUCCACCAAGUUCCGAAUUAUUCUUACGGGAACCCCACUACAGAACAAUAUUCCCGAACUGUGGGCGUUGCUCAAUUUCGUACUCCCCAAAGUAUUCAAUUCUGCGAAGUCGUUUGACGAAUGGUUCAAUGCGCCUUUCGCUGGGACCGGGUCAGAAACUGCUGAAAUGACGGAAGAAGAGAAACUCCUCGUCGUCAAGGGUCUUCACAAGGUCCUUAGACCGUUCUUGCUUCGUCGCUUGAAGAAAGACGUAGAGUCAGAACUUCCGGACAAGACGGAAAAGAUCAUCAAGAUCAAAAUGAGCAGCCUCCAGACGGUACUCUACAGGCACAUGAAGGAAUUCGGCAAAUUGAUUCGAGAUGGCGGAAACACGCAGAACGGAAAGGCAUCUGCACUGCAGAACAUGGUGAUUCAAUUGCGAAAAAUCUGUCAGCAUCCGUUCGCGAAUCAGUCUACGGAAGCGGAUAUCGAUCCCGUUGCCUUCGCUGGCGGAGGCGCAUCCGACAAGGUCUGGCGAUGCUCUGGAAAGUUCGAGUUGUUAGAUCGAGUCUUGCCCAAGCUUUUCAAAACCAACCACAAAGUGCUGAUUUUCUUUCAAUGGACGACCGUGAUGGACAUCAUGGAAGAUUUUCUUCACUAUCGCGACAUCAAAUUUUGUCGGCUCGACGGUCACACCAAGGCAGAAGUCCGACAAGAAUUGCUGUCCACAUUCAACAACCCUGAUUCCCCCUACAAGAUUUUCCUCCUGUCGACUCGAGCUGGUGGUCUCGGUCUGAAUUUGCAAUCUUCGGACACGGUUAUCAUCUUCGAUUCAGAUUACAACCCUCACGCCGAUUUGCAAGCGCAAGAUAGAGCGCAUCGUAUCGGUCAAAAGAAGGAGGUCCGUGUCUUCCGUCUUGUUACCUCUGGUACCGUGGAGGAGGGGAUCAUCGAAGUCGCCAAGCGCAAGCUCGCAUUGGAUGGGCAAAUUAUCCAGGCUGGUAAAUUUGAUGGGCACACCACCGCAGAGGAACGGGAGAGCUUUUUGCGGUCGCUGCUGGAGCGGGAGAAUGAAGAGGAUGAAGAGGAUGCCGAGCCUGAUGAAGAUACUCUCAACGACAUCUUGGCCAGAGGGGAUGAAGAACGUGUCCUCUUUGCCCAAAUGGACGAGGAGCGCAAGGCUGCAGAAAGAGCUGCUGGUGCCCUGCCCCGCUUGAUCCAAAUGAACGAACUACCUGAGCCUUAUACCCGCAAAUACGAGGCUGUGGACGAAGCUAAACUGCAACGCGAAGCCGAUCUUGUUGCUGGUCGUGGGCAGAGAAAAAAGAUUUCCAUCAACUACAAUGACGAGUUCAACGACGCCGACCUAUUUGGCGCAGAUAAUUCGGAUGACGAUGACGAAGGUGAAACGGUGGAAGAACGGAAAGCCAAACGUAGGCGAGGUGCGGCGAGGUCCAUCCGAGAAGGCGACUCUGCGUCCGGCACUCCACAGCCACAACGGAAGGGACGUGGUGCGAAACGCAACCUCGGCUUUACCGAUGCGGAAGAUGCAGCCUCCACUAUCAGCGACGAUCAGCCGCGCAAGCGUAGACGUCAAGCGUCUAUCGGCGCUUCUGAGGACGGCAAUGAUCCUGCAGUGGCUAAGCUUUACAAGGCGAUCCAGAGCAGCAUCGUACAGCAAAUUCUUACUCACCCUGGCGCAGCGGUCUUUCAGGACCGAGUUCACAAAGACACCCCGCUCUACUACGAGAUGAUCAAGACACCCAUGUGGCUAAAGAAAGUCCAAACCAACAUUUCUCGUGGGGUCUACAAAAUGAUGGACACUUUCGAGCGGGAUAUGAUGCAAAUCUGGGCAAAUGCUAGGAUCUACAACGUUGACGGGUCGGAGAUCUUCGAGCUGGCGAACGAAUUGGAAGCUUUGUUCCAGCAGAUAUACAAAGAGAAGCUAAACGAGCUCGACAACAAGAGCGCCAAUGUGUCCGCCGCCGAGGGUACUCCUGGAGCGCCUCAACCUCCUGGGCCCAAGCUCAAGCUCAAGCUGAACACAGGCGCCGGCCGUAAUACCGGCAGAAACGGUAUUAGCAGCCGUGCUGGCACCAAGAAAUCGUACGGAGCCAGCGAAGAUGACGAAGAAGAGGAAGAAGACGCUCGCAUGUCUGAUAGCGACGAUUAGAAUCGUUUCCCUAGCGACCCUGUACUCAAUCCCGGAGACUUUUGGUU